CCCACAAAAUGAGAACACACACACACAGACACACACACCUGGCUGACCCCGACCGAUGUCCUGCAUUAAUGAAUGACAGGAGAUGUGGCUGGCAAAGCUUGCUUACCCUUGGAGGUCCCACCGCUCAGAGAUAGCCACUGUCUUCGUCAAAGCAAGUUCUCAAGGACUUCUCUCCAAGCCACCAUGAAACCUCUCAACAUUUUGCUGGCCUUGUCCUUCCUAACAGGAUCUCAGGCUUCUGUCCUCAGAGAUGAUCCGGAUUCCAAGAUGUCCCAGUUAAGUCAGAAGUUCAAGGAACACCUGGUGAACCUCAGAAGGACCAUGGAUGAGAAAGUGGACUUGAUCUUGGGAGUGGAGUUUUUCAGUCAACUCACACAGAACAUCACGGCCAACUAUUUACAAGUAAGAGACAGUUUUUAUAAUCUGGAGCAGAUGUUGCCUGCUGAGACAAAGCAGGUCUACGAUCUGGCGCUUAGGACACCAUGGGGCCUGUGGAACAGAGCCCUCGAUACCCUGAACGAGCAGAAGAAGACGCUGAGCUCUGCCACAGAGGAGAUAACCAAGACGCUGCCCUCCAUUUUGAAACCCUACGUAGAUCCGGUCCUGCAGAGGGCAACUCCAUACACAGAGGACCUGCGAAGUGCCCUCACGAGCACGCUAGUGGAGCUGAAAGCCACGACCAAUAAGACGUUCGCCCAGCGGCUAGAAGACCUUGGUUCCCAGCUGAACCCUUACACCACUGUGGUCCAGAACCGCUGGAAAGAACUGCAGAUGUCCUUUUCGAACGUUACCGAGCCAGUGAAGGAAGAACUCCGACGAGGACUGGAGACCAUCAACGACUCCUUGGUGAAGACUUUUCUCACUCCUGUCUUGGAGAGUUUCCCAACACGCACUGAGCACUAAGAUGGAAGCUGAUGACUCUUGGCUUCCUCAAGAUUAGUGACUUUCUCGCCUCAUAUGCCACGAAAGAUGGAACCCUGGACAACCCGAGCAAACAGAAAUCAGACAGAAGGAGGGUUACAAUAUGACCAUCAGUGUUUGGGGUUGGGGGGGAUUAUCUGUAACCUCCCAGUACUCCUAAACAUGUAAUAAAGGACAUAUAUCCCCUAA